AAGACACGCAGGGGAAGGAGAAGAAGAACCGAAGGAGCAAUGUCAGCCGUGGCAACUCUCGGUCAGGCAUGCUGGGCCGCCGCCGCCGUGAAAUCGAAACCAACCACCGCCAUCUCCCAAACCCACAUCCGAAAUCCAAAACCCAAAUCUUUAUCUCUUCCUCUCUCAGCCAAUUCCAGCUGCAACCACUUCUUCUCCUUCCCUCCCAAAACAACCCUCAAAUCCUCCUCCUCCUCCUCCUCCUCCGUCCGUACAUCUGUCGCUGCCGUCGACUCCGACCAGCUCAGCUCCUCCGAUUCCGCCGAUAAGGAAAAGCCGAGCAGGUACUAUUUCGUGGUUGCGAAUGCGAAGUUUAUGCUCGAUGACGAGGAGCAUUUCCAGGAGCAAUUGUGUGAGCGGCUUCGAUACUAUGGAGAGAAGAACAAAGAGCAGGACUUUUGGCUUGUGAUCGAGCCCAAGUUCUUGGAUAAGUUUCCUAACAUUACUAAGAGAUUAGGAAGGCCUGCCGUUGCCCUGGUUUCGACUAACGGACCUUGGAUUACGUUUAUGAAGCUGAGACUGGACAGAGUGUUGGCAGAAAGUUUUGAAGCUGCAAGUCUAGAAGAAGCAUUAGCCUCCAAUCCAACCAAGAUCGAGUUUGAGAAGCCGCAGAAAUGGGUAGCACCUUAUUCCAAGUAUGAAUCCGGGUGGUGGGAGCCCUUCUUACCGCCAGGAUCGAAAGAGGAGGUCAAAGCGUAAAUCACUUCUUUUUGCCUUGUCCUUUCAAUUUUAUGGACGUGGAUUUCGCCGUUUGUUACUAACUAGAGCUUAAGUUGAUGCAUGUAGCUAAUGUGUAGUGUUGGGAGGUUAGCACCUUAUGUUAAACUUUUGUAGUUGCCUAUUAAUGUGUGAAGAGAGUAUAUUCAAGAA